AUGGCCGAUACCUUGAAGUACAGAAUUGGAAAAAUUUAUCUUGAAGAAAACGAAGUCACAUUGAAUCAAAUUGAUAUUGAAAAACAAAUUCAAUCGUUAAAAGAACAAAAACAUGAAGCCGAUGAAAGAAAACGUGACGCAGAAACAGCAACAAGUCUGAGCAAUGAUCUCCAGCGUCAAAUUAUUGAAUUAACAAACAAGAAGCAACGUACAUUCUGA